AUGGAGACCAAUCAAGACCAAACUGAGAUUCAAGUAGCUGAAACAACGCCAAACAGUGAACCAGAAUCAAUGAUUGCGCCGCCACCAUCGCCUCCCACCGUCAACGAAGAAAGCAAAGUUACAAUCGCUGCUACUGGUGCCAAAAAAGUGAGGACUGAGAAGAACAAGCCAGCAAAGAAAUCGUCAAAGACCUCGAAGCCUAAGAACACAGAGUCGUCUGAUAGUGACACUCGCGAUGCAGAGAGUGAAUCCGAGAACAGUGUCGACCACGAAAAAGGCAAGCGUAAGAAGAAACGUAAAGCAGCCGUAAAGACGCAGGAAACUCGCAGGAGCAAGAUCAAAGCAAAGUUGAAGAAGAGGAAGAGCAAGAGAAGGAUCAAGAAGGCAGAUCUGAGUGACGACUCAAGCGACGAUACUUGCGGAACCUCGAUCGAGUCGGGCUUAGAUACGACCUCAGAUUCUGAGACGGAUGGCAACAGAACACGGAGAAGCAGUCAUAAGACCCACAAAGCCAAAUCAAAAUCCAAGAGGAAGUCGAAGAGAAAUGAGACCUCUAGCGAUGAUGAUGAGUCUGAGUUAUCCUCCAACACCUCUUCCAGCAGCGACUCAGACUCUACUUCCGACGACGUGAAGGCAGAACGCAAAAGGGCCAAGACAAAACGCAGAGUCAAGAAGCUUGUGGAAUUCGUUGCGUCUGCAUCCGAAAGCGAAGACGCGCCCCUUUCUCCGGGUGUAAUCCUUGAAUUUCCGGUUCCUGGGGAUGAUAUUAACACGCAAGUAGCAAAGAUGGAUGCUAUCUUGCGGAGCCUCAAGACGGAACAACUCGCUGCUACGAAUGCUGCCACAGUUGGUAUCACACCGCGGUUACCCAAGUCGCUAGCCAAAAAGAACGCACAUGAGUUCAAGCGCAUUGACCAGGUGUGGGAUACCAAGCUCCGUGAUUACAAGCUCAUUGAAAGUACGGCCGACCAAAAGGAUGAGUUCGAAUGUGUUUUCACUGUACGGCGAAGGUUCAACUGGGAAGGCAAGCAUCAUGAGACGCUUGUGGACAUCAAGUCAAAAGCUCUGAGAAGUGCACUUCAGGUUAUUUUGAAAGAGUGCAAGAACGUUAGUCUCGUUGAGGAUACUCCCGAAGUUGACCCUCAUACGCUGUUCCAUCACUACAACGAAAUCAAGCAGUAUGUCAAACAUACUAUGAAGCCCAAACUGAAACGCACGAGAAAAUCCAAGGAUCGAAAGAAGCUCACGCAAGAGAUUGCUCAAUGCAAAUUACUACUGGGCUACAUCGAUGAGGACUUUGCUGCGACUCGGAAGGCGUUGAAGCCCCUGCUCAAGGCGGGCACUAUUACAUACGACUUGUGCUGGGCACUGUUCAAACCGGAUACGAUUGUCUAUACGCCCACAUACGGUAACAAAGAUGAUCCGAGAUGUUUCAAGGUCGACCAGUGUUUUGAGUACGAGAGUUGGCUGAGUGGGGCCAAGUCCUGGAUGAUCAACGGUCGCUAUCUUGAGUAUGAUGGUAAAGUCUUUGGUUUCGGAGAUCAUCAAACUGAAAUCAAGGCUUUCAAGGGGCACAAAAAGAUCACCAGUCUUGUCGCGUACCCGUUGGAGUAUCACAAAGAUCUGAAGAAUAUUCAGAAGCAACUCAUCGAGCGAGGCAAGAAAUUUGUUGCGCUUCAAGGGAUGAGCUACCGUCUACAGAAGGGUAUCGCUUACAUGAAGGUUAAGAACACAAUCGCCAAGUUCAACAUUAACGGCCGUGUCAUGAUCGAUCCUGCGAUUUUUCGCCGAAUACAGCCAAACUACCCACUGUCUUACAUCAAACAAGACGAGCUGGACCGGGAAGAUGAGGAACAGGAAGUGAGCGACGAUUGCUGCUACUCGAAUGAAGAGGAUGAUGGAGACCUGUCAGGUAGCGAGAGACCUGAGAAGGACCCAUUACGCGUUGUUUUGUGGAAAGACAGCAAAGGCAAGAAGCAUCCCAUCACAGUAUUCCAGAGUCAGGUCGAUGCCGAGAACGGUGUCGGAGAAAACGCUACGUCGAAGCUCGAGAUGGACGAAGAUGGUCAUAUGGCGCGCCACAUCUUCACCGAGGAAGAGCUUCUCAUCGCUUCACCCGUAGUCCUCGGCUUUGCCUUCUCUGAGAAACUCUGGCUGGAAUUUUCUCUUUCCGGUAUCGAAGAGAUACAAUGGAACGCUGAAGCCUUCGAAUCCCUUGUUCUGCCCGACCGCGUUAAAUCUAAUUUGAAAGGUCUCGUCUCAUCACAUCGCUUCAAUGCUGCUCGGACAAUUGACGAUGUUAUCCAAGGCAAAGGCAAAGGGCUGAACGUUGUGCUCCACGGCCCUCCAGGAGUUGGUAAAACUCUUACCGGCGAGUCCAUUGCAGAAUACCUCAAGUGCCCUCUGUAUGCCGUCUCAGCCGGCGAGCUUGGCACCAACUCCGGCAGUCUGGAGCGUGAUCUCAAUCGCAUCAUGGACAUAACGCACUCUUGGGGCGCCAUCUUACUUCUUGAUGAAGCUGAUGUCUUCCUUGAAGCGCGCCAGCCGCAUGAUAUUCACCGCAACAGCCUUGUCUCGGUGUUUCUUAGGCUUACAGAAUACUACCAAGGCAUCCUUUUUCUGACCACAAACCGUGUCGAGACCUUCGAUGAGGCGUUCCAAAGCCGUAUCCAUAUGGGUAUUCGGUACGAGAACCUGAAGCCGCCAGCGAGGAAGAAGAUCUGGCAACACCACGUGGGCAAGGUAGAGAAGAUGGCGAUGGAGGAACUUCAAGAAGGGAAGGGGAAGGAUCGGAGCGAGAAGAAGCCUUUCAAAGAGCUGGACUUUGACGAGUUGAGCAAAAAGAACAUGAAUGGACGCCAGAUCAAGAACACGGUCAAAACCGGCCAAUCCAUCGCACUGUCCGAGGGCGCCGCCUUCGGCAUGGAGCACAUUAAGCGUGUUCUAGAGGUUGCUGAGGCUUUCGAAGACGAUAUGCGAGGCGGCAAGGGAUACCGCGAUGCCAUGCUGCACUACACCUAA